GCUGGGGCCCUGGGCGCUGCCCGGGGAGUGGACUGCCCCAGGCGAUCUAGGGCACAGAAGGCGCAAGCGCAGCGGGUUGGGUGACUGCAGCAUCAAGUAGCGGCCUUUUGGCAACUGAAUCUACAACAGGUGUAGACAGGCUUCUUCCGGCUCCACCCUGGAGAGUCCUUUUGAAGAAAUGUCCCUGGUGAGGGGCGGCUGGCUGUGGAGACAGAGCUCCAUCCUCCGCCGCUGGAAGCGGAACUGGUUUGCCCUGUGGAUGGACGGGACCCUGGGCUACUACCAUGAUGAGAACGCACUGGACGAAGAGGACCGUGUGCUCAUCCACUUCAAUGUCCGAGACAUCAAGAUCGGCUACGAGUGCCAGGAUGUGCAGCCCCCCGAGGGCCGGAGCCGGGACUGCCUGCUGACCGUGAACCUGCGGGAGGGCUCCCGCCUGCACCUGUGUGCCGAGACCCGCGACGACGCCCUAGCGUGGAAGACGGCGCUGAUGGAGGCCAACUCCACCCCGGUGCGCGUCUACAGCCCAUACCAGGACUACUAUGAGGUGGUGCCCCCCAACGCGCACGAGGCGACUUACGUCCGCAGCUACUACGGACCAGCCUAUGCAGGUCCCGGCGGCGUGACACACGUCAUCGUGCGGGAUGACCCCUGUUACAGCUCCGGCGCCCCGCUGGCCAUGGGCAUGCUGGCGGGGGCCGCCACGGGGGCCGCGCUGGGCUCGCUCAUGUGGUCUCCGUGCUGGUUCUGAACCCAGGAAUCAGAGCGCGUUCUUGCGGGCGGGCGGAGGAUAGCGCCCCCCUGUCUAGUGCCCCCCACCACCCCACUCAGCUCUGCCCCUCUUUGGCCUCUUUUCCUUUUUUAACUCUUUCUGGGUUUGGACCAACAGCUGGCGCUCCCUACCCCUAUCCCCAACCAGGGAAGAAGUUUCCAUCCCAAGCACAAACAUGGCUCAGAAGCCUCAACCUACCACCAGGCACGCCAGAAACGGUUAUACUCCCCCAACGCCAGCCCACGACACCGUAGGGCACAGAAAGCAAAACUCAACGGACUUUAAGUUACCCGGGGCCCUGGCUGGCGCCCAGGGCUGACAGGCGAGACAGGCUAUUCCAUCCUUUUGCUUUCGGCUUGCGGAGGUGGGGGGUGGGAACAGCUGAAUAGUCACCUUGCACACGCGAAGAUUUGGCAGGUAGUCGAGGGCAAGAGUGCAGAGCUUGUUGUACAUCAUGGCAUGUCCAAGGGGCACUUAAAGGGGCUCUGCUGGGGGCUGGAAAGAUAGUACAGUGGGUAGGGUGUUGGCCUUGCAUGGGGCAAAACAAUCUACAUUUGAUCCCCGAUAUCUCUUAUGGUCCCCCCAGCACCGCCAGGAGUAGUUACUGAGUGCAGUCAGCAGUGAUCCCUGAGCAUCAAAGGUUGUGGCCCCAAAACAAAAGGCGGGGAUAUCCGCUGCACCAGGGUGAUGGCAGGACCCCAGUCAUGGGUACCCUCCACACGACAAAGCUUGCUGGGUUAGGGGGAGAGGGGGGCUUUCGGAGGGUAAGUGUAAUUAAAGUAUUGCCUGUUCCCUUACUACUGACACAUCUAACCCCCCAGUUCUCUCUAAAUCAAGCUCCAUCUUUGUCUACUAGCAGCUUCCUGGGUUCUCAGUUUCUUCUGUGCUCACAAAGCCCCUAUUUUUAAAGCUGUCAGGAUGCCUCUGGGUAGUAACUGGGGUUCCGUUGCUGGGGUCAGGUGAGUUCUUGGGACCUCUGACAGUUGGAUGGUGCCCCUGAUGGGAAAUACAUUUAUGGUCCUGGGAGCUGGGCUUUGUUCCAGAGAUGGCUGCUGCCAGUGGCCUGUCCCUCCUUUCCCGCGACGGCAGAGGGCGCUCUGCCCUGAGGACCACCUACAUGUGACUCGGCCUGGAAGACACCAGAGAGCUCCCUGAGUUGCCCAGAGGCGCCCCCUCUGCCCCUCCCCCAUCCCCAUUCUCCAUCCCCAGCAGGAAUGCUCCCCUCCCGGCCAGCAGCCUGCUGAUGUUCCUUGUACCCGGGGCUCCCCUGACCUGUAGAGACUAAUAAAGGUGUGUGGUUGGCGCA